UAUUUAAUUUAACUUUUAUUUUAUCCUAACCUUCGUUAACGAAUAUACAUAUAUACAUGUGUGUAUUUAGCAUGGCAAAGUAACUUAGAUUCUGGUGGGAAUUCUGUUGGCUUUCGUUCUACCAGCAAGAUGCCAAAGAAAUUAACAAAACAUUUCACAAUGGGAUCGGAAACAUAAUACGGCUUUGCUUUGUUUUCCAUUAUUUUAAUAUAUUAACCGUCUUUUUAAAGUGGGUAGCUUCUUUUUUUAAAUCAAUUAUGCUCUUACCAGCUCUUUUUUUUGUUCGCUCCUCAAGUCUAGUGUUUAAAAUCUUUUCUUUCAAAAUGUAGCUUUUAACAAUUUGAUUUCCUUUCAAAGUAAGAGAAAAACUUAAGAAAUUACGCAACGUUUUUACAUUAAAAAGUAAUAAUUUGAAUAUAUUCAAAAAAAAUUCCUGCUAACCCUCGGUGAAUCUCAUAUUGAAAUGCCUAUGCAAACUGUUAUGAUAGAUUUAUUUAUUUAGUAACUUAAUAUCUCAUGCAAUAAUUUUUGCAUUAAAAAAAUAUAUGCAUCUGUAAUUGAAUGUGUUCAAAGUUAUUUCUGGAACUUGUCUGAAUUAACAGCAGUUCCUGACAAUCUGUAGAAAAGGGUUAAACCGCUUUGUCAUGAUCAAAUUCUUACUUCGGUUAAGAACCGCCGUAACUAUUGUCAACUUAGAUUUAAAGAUAGCAUCAGAUGGUUAAAUAUAGAAUCUAUCGACUUUUUUUUUAAUGUUUUCGUUCAUUAAUUAAUGUUUUAUUCUUUGGUUUCAUCAUUCUCUAUCCAAACGAUUUGAUAAAUUUUCUUAUUUUAAAGUAGUUUAACGUUAGAUAUUAAUGUGCUUACAAAGUCUGUGAGAGCAUUUAAAAAAAUUUAGCAGUCUGUUGUUCCUUCGCUUAGAAUCGAAAUAUCUAUGAGUAAUUCCGGGAACAUUUGAUGUUAUAAGUUCAUGUCCUUUAGAACUUUAUUUUUUUAAUCUAAAUUUUUACUAAUUGUAAAGAAGAAAAAGUUGCAAUGCAAAUUGUUUAAAUAAUUUUGUUUGCAUUUAUGUUAAAUUCAGUAAGUCCGAGUAGCAAAUUUUUCAGAAACUUAAAAUGAUGAAUUAUAAACUUGAUCAAAAUUCUGUUAAUUUGCCAGAUUUUAUGAAAUCAAAGGCUAUGCAUACAGUUCCAGCCAUCAGUUCGAUUGAUAACACUCAGACUGUGUGUACCGAUUUUGUUAGUAAGCCAGACAGUGUUUACCAAAGUAACGAAAUUCUUAAGUGUCCAAUCAGACGAACUUUAGCUCUUGCAAAACCUUUUAAAUGUGGUGUUUGCCGUAAAGGAUUUUCUCGUAAAAUCAACCUUAAUAAUCAUGAACGUACUGGAGCAAAGCACUUCUAUUGCUCUUACUGCAAGAAAGCUUUCUCUCAAGAAAUCAUUUUGCGAAAUCAUGAGCGGACACAUACUGGUGAAAAGCCGUAUAAUUGUUCAUUUUGUGAUCGUGCAUUUUCUCAACAGACUGAAUGGCGCAACCACGAACGUGUUCAUACUGGAGAAAAACCAUAUGCCUGUUCUAUCUGUAGCAAGACAUUUAGCCAACAGGGGAAUCUUAAAAUACAUUUGCGAACUCAUACAGGAGAGAAGCCUUAUACAUGUGCCGACUGUGGUAAAGCAUUUAGUCAACGUACCAAUCUAGACAAUCACCGACGUACCCAUACUGGAGAACUAUUUAAAUGUGUCUUUUGUCCGAAAGCCUUUUCUCUACUUAUUAAUCUCAAAAGUCAUGAGCGUAUUCAUACUGGGGAGAAGCCAUUCAAAUGUUCAUUUUGUACAAAAGUAUUCAGUCAGCAAUCAAGUUUGCGUAGUCACGAGCGAACUCAUACGGGUGUGAAACCAUACCAGUGUUCUUUCUGCUCAAAAGCGUUUACCCAACAGACUAACCUUCGUAAUCAUGAACGUAUCCAUACUGGAGAAAAACCAUUUUCUUGUCUUGUUUGUGGAAAAGCAUUCUCGCAAGUUACCAAUUUAAAAAAUCACGAACGUACCCACACAAUUGAAGAACUGCGGAAAUUGACUGAAUCGAAAUCAAUAUCAGAACCUCUUCCACAGAAUUCACAGCAUCCCCAACUAUCAAGUCCUAAUCCUCCUUCUAUCAGACCCCAACCACUUAAUAUCCCAUCGACUUGGAUAGCUUCUGCAUAUCCCCAUCAUCAAUUAACACCAAACAACUGGGACAACAAUUUUAAUUGGUCCCGAGGGUUCACAAUGACAGAAAGAUUAAACGCUGGUGGAAAUACCACUGCACCCCAGUUUUUGCCACAACCACCAAAUGCACACCAUUCAUCUUGCAAUAAAGUCUAGCCUGAACUAUAUGUAUCAAGCAACUAAAACAAAAUAAUCAUAAUUCUAAAACAGUAGUUGUAAAUUUAGUUGCUAUUCACAUACAUAUAUUUCAAACAUUUAUCUGUUCAUCAAUAAUGUGUAGGAUUCAUUUCUGAAUACUUUCAGUUCAGAAAUUUGAAAUAACAUUGUUGUAAGUUCUUUAUGCGAGAAGCAUAAAAUUCAUCUUGUUACAUGACUUGACUUUUUUUAAGAAUGCAAACAUUCUGAAAAAAAUAGUACAAAUUCAUCAAUAUAUUCUUAAUGUCAUCUAAAAUUAUUAUUAUUAUAAUGCUGUCAAAAUUAAUUUUCUGUGUAUUUCCUAUAGAUAUUGAGAUUUAGGCUUUGUCUAAGAGAUAAACAGAAAUAGAAAAUGCAGUUAAAAAGGUGGUGCUUAAAUAAGCACAACUUGGAAAUGCCCAAAUUCAGUGCUAAUGAGAGCAUUAAAUUAAUUUGUGGUACCUAAAGCUUCCAUAUAAAUGACCACUAUCUUUUAAAUGAAAGUUCCUGUUAGAAAAUGCUAGCUUCAUUGACUCCCUCCUGUUUAAAUCUCAUUAAAUUAACUGCUUUAACAUUUUUAUAAAACUAUUUUGAAAAAGUAUUUAAUUUUUUAUAUGCACUAUCAUCAGAAAGGGAUGGCUUAAGCAACUUUCCUUGUAUGGUCAAUUUGAUCAUAAAGCUAGCUGUGAAUCAUUUAACAGAAAAGGUGUUUAAACAAAUUUAUCGACACUGCUUUGAUAAAUGAUUUAACUGGAUCUUUCAAUGCCUAAUGAAAAUUGAGUUAAUUCACAAACUUCUUUUGUUUUAUGACUAGAUGUCUAUAAAUGUAUUAUAUCCAGAACUGUUUAUUUUUUUCCACACAAUAUCAGAGACAACUCAUUUUUUUUUCCAGCCUUUGUGUUAAUGUAAAAAAAUGUAGCUGUUCAAAUAAUUAGACUUACAUAGUAGUUGUAAAUAAAAACUGCAUUAGCUAUUGUGCAGCAGCUAAAAAUGGGCUUUUGAUCAUGUCAAAUAGAUUGUUUAAUAUGUGUUCAUUCUAAUUGGUCAAACAUGAAAUAUAUUUUAUAAUAACAAUCUGCAAAUCAUCAUUUAUCAAGAUCUUUCUAAUUUGUAUUAAAAUAAACCAUUAAAC